UCCCUUGGCCGCAGGCAGUUUCAAGGGGACCCGCACUGGGCGUUUCUUUUGCGGCUACUUUCACAUAAACUUUGGCUUAUAUUUUUAUUUUAUUUUUAAAAAGUUGUCGCUAAUUUAACUGAGUCAUAAACACGUGUAAAUAUAAACCUGCUGGUGAUAAAGUUGGAAACACGGGUGGUAGACAGACACACGGUGUCACGGUUCAGCGGGAGUAGCCGUUAGCCAAAGUUGGUGAGUUCGCUAAGCUAAUGCUAGCCUGUAAAUAAAUAAACAUCGGGCUUAUUUUAUCAUUUAAACGUCAAUGGACGCGUUGUGAACCGAGUUAUUAAACGUGUGCGGUGUAAAUGAAGUGAUCCGUGUCUUCAGAUAAUUUAUAAGCAGCGCGUAUUUGUCUUAAAAACAGAAUAAGCCCGCCGCGGCUAGCCUAGCCUGCUAGCUAACUUUGGAGUAACUUUGUAGCAGGGCUACUUUUUAAGGGACCGUCGUCAACCGCCGCCGUCUAACGUGUGUAACCGCCCCUUACUGCGCCACUUUAAGCGAAAUGGGAAGCCUUGAAACCUCCAUGUUUGUAUCUUGAAAUUGCGAGCGGAGUCGAGCACCAUAUUGAAUCAAAGUUGCCAUCUCCUUGACAAAUGUUUUACAACUUUCAGACCUCAAACUCAAAGCUGGGGUUUUUUUUCUUCUUCCCCUGAGCGGAGCACGGCGGCGUUAGAGGUAAUGGAGACAUAGUGAGGAUCCGGACUUUUGUUGCGAUGUUUUCCGGGCUGCCUCAGCGUCGUCUGCCUUCAUGUUAAAGUUUAAUGCGAGCGAGCGAGCAAACAAUCUCUGAAGUUUGAAAGUUGUGAGGUCAGCAGCUCCGGAACCGGACCGGACCAGACCUGGAUGUGAUGGACAACCCGUCCUCGGUAAUCACGCAAGUCAGCCGGGAUGAAGAGGGGAGCAAAGCCGCGGGGGAGAGAGGUUCUUCGCCCUCUCUGUCCUCCAAGAAGCCCCGGAGCAGAGGCCUCCUGUCCAGCCUCUUCUGCUGCCUCUGUCGGGAGCAGUCAGAACCUCCACCCGUCAACAACAACGCCCCUCUGCUGGUGGAGGAGAACGGAACCGUCUCCAAGAUCCAGGUGAAGCCUCUGCUGCCUCCAGUGAAGUCAAAAGACUCCGGGAAGAUCUGCGUGGUUAUAGAUCUGGAUGAGACGUUAGUUCACAGCUCCUUCAAGCCUGUGAACAACGCAGACUUCAUCAUUCCCGUGGAAAUAGAUGGAACGGUACACCAGGUGUAUGUCCUGAAGCGGCCCCACGUCGACGAGUUCCUGAAGAGGAUGGGGGAGCUGUUUGAGUGCGUCCUGUUCACUGCAAGUUUAGCCAAGUAUGCAGAUCCAGUCUCUGACCUCCUGGACAAGUGGGGCGCUUUCCGCUGCCGUCUGUUCCGGGAGUCCUGCGUCUUCCACCGGGGUAACUACGUGAAGGACCUGAGCCGCCUGGGUCGCGACCUGAACAAGGUCAUCAUCGUGGACAACUCCCCUGCUUCCUACGUCUUCCAUCCUGACAACGCGGUGCCCGUGGCCUCGUGGUUCGACGACAUGUCCGACACCGAGCUGCUGGACCUCAUCCCUUUCUUCGAGAGGCUGAGCAAAGUGGACAACGUCUACACGGUCCUCAAGCACCAAGGGACCGCCAGCUAACAGCGUUCGACUUCUCAUCUCAGCUCUGAACAAAACCGACGUACAACUAUGGAAAAAUAAAAAAAAGAAAAUGCACACACCAGCGAGGCUCCGGCACCAGCACCAGCUUUCACUGCCCAACAGAACACAGAGCCUUCACCUUCCCAGUAUCCUGAGUGACUCUGAUGCCGUCGUCACUGCCACCUUCUGGUCAAAACAGAAAACUGCCUGAAAUGUGCCUUUGGAAACUUUGUCCCGGUCAACCUGUGAUGAACCAGCUGAUGUGAGCGGAUGGAUGGACGGUUUUGCGGUUCGACACAGCAGAUGUCUGUAACCACGGAUCCUCUGGAUGCAGAUCGGGUACAGGAAACAGACUUUUCUCUCGUGGAUUUCAGCCGUCUGAUCCUGCAGAAGAUGCAGGAACCGAGUGCAAAGGAAACUUGAACAGUCUCGUCAUUGAAAGAACAGAUGAUGUAUACGUACUGUAGAUCGUUAUCUCCGCCACGCGCCCUGAUCUCGUCAGUAUCACACUAUUAGUCGCAAAGCAUGUGAUCCUCGGGUGUCAUUUUAGUCUUUUUUUAGAGCGAUGUAAUCAGGUAUUUUUUUUGAGUAAUCUCGACAGUGUUAUGGAUGAAUCAGAUAAAAAAAAAAAAGAAGCUUAUUCUGUAAACCUGAAUGGGGUUAUAAUGUCAGAUUUAAUCAGGAGUUGUUAAAUUUUGCUUGUAAGAAGAUGAUUGGACAGCACUUUACAAGUAUAGUCUAGUGUAGGAGUUAAAUAAAGCAGGAGUGACGAUGUGAAACACUCUGAUCCAUUUAAAGGAAUUUGGUAUGUGUCAAAAACAAUUAGCCUUAAGUCCCGUUAGCUGAAACAGACGUUGACUGUUGUAUUUCUUCCUGACACUAACACGAACAUCGAAGAGCAGCUGCUACGUAUACCGGACAAGGACUUCCCAGUUUUUUUAAAGAUCGAUGGAUAGCCAUAAUGCAGCGUGUCUAGAGGACCACGAUCGACUUGUUGAAAAUCAGAACAGGAGUCUGAUCCUGGAUCAGUUCCUUGUUUUGUUUUUUGUUUUGUUUUUUUAAAAGCCACAAAACUUGAAUGUCACACAGCAUUUACAGACUUGUUUCUGAACGGUUGUGGAAGUUACAGUUCGGCCUGUCAAGUUUGGUUUUCAUAAGCUUCAGAGUUUUCUGUUUUGUUUUAUUUUGUUUUUCUUGUUUUUUUUCCUGAAGCGGUACACAUGGGCUGGAAACAAUUUCAGGACUUUGUAAUAAAAUGUGUGUCGACGAGGGGGAGGAUUUGUGACGCGUCAUGCCUUGUGUGGUGAAAUUCAGGACAGAUUUAAAGGAGAAAUCCACCCAAUUAAUGAACCUGUUGUCGCUGAUUUAUCUCGCACCUCUGGGUCUCUUCUGUUGUUCGAGUGGAUGGUUUGGAUGUGAUGUUAGUGCAGCUAGGAGAAACGAUGUCAGGGUUUGUGUUUCCGAGUAUCAUAAAAAAAAUGAUACAUGAUACGUAGCUGUGUGAGGGUGGAAUUGUCCUUUAAAAUCUCAUCGACCACAUUGAAUCUGUAUUAGCGCUACGUGUUUUAGCGAUGAUCUGUUUAUUAAGGAGAACGUGGCUCUCCUCAUACGCGUUGACAAUACCGUGUGUCGACACUGAUGAAUGGAAAAAUGUCGGAUUUGACAAAGAGCCUCCACGGCAGGCUUGUGAUAUGACGGGGGAGCAAUUAAAUCUGCCGCAUUAAGAGUUAUUUUUGUCUUUGUUUAACAAAUUAUCAUCAAUUGUCAAUCAAAUUUAGUCUGUUUCUUUUCUCGAUAAUUACUGAUUGUCUUUGUCGCGGUCCUCCGAUACAAACCUGGUUGUUACCUCGUAUAUUAAUACGCAAUAUAUGGAUCAGAAGACACCAGCAAGUGACUAAAAUGAUAGCGUCUGACUGUUGUGGGCACAUAACGGGGUGAUUAUUUUUGAUUAUUGUUUCACAUAAGCCAUCAUUACACGUCUCGAUUUAGGUUCAUUACCAAUAACUGUUGGUUUUUAGUUGGGAUUUCAUUGGCGAACAGGAGUAUUUAUAGGAGCUGUCAGUCGAUUGAUGACAUAUAAAAACAAGUGUUGUGUCACUACCGGGGGCCCAUUCACUGAUACUGUACUUCUCACACAUUCAGUAGGUUUGUAUAUUUUGUUUUGCACAGUAAUAAAGCAAACAAAUGUUCAUUAAUAUAUGGAAUAUUCAUGUUACUGUACUCAUGAUUGAAUAGAUGUAACCUGAUUUUUUUUUUGACCUGUUGUUUUAUCAUACCAAAUUAUAUAUGGACUCUAUGUAAUAAUGCCAUUUUUUUUCUCCCAUAAAUGCUAAAUGAAAGAUG